GAGAAGGAGGAGAAAAGAGAGGGGACUGGAGCGAAGAAAGAGAGAGGAAAACAGGGAGUAACGUUGCGGACUAUCGACCCGAUCCGGUUGGGCGCCUGCGCUCUGGCAACCCCUUCUACCGUCGGGCCGUCUCGCCGGCGACGCGGCGCUCUACGCAACGUCGUCGGUGCGAUCGGUGCGACGGUGGGACCAGUGCCUCUCACGAUUCCGUUCUCGCUCUGCCCUCCGUCUCGUUAUUCCGUUCGUACAACGCGUCCGAGUGUUACUUUGCCAUCCUCGCUUCCGGUGAACAUCACGCCGGGCCACAACACUCUUGGGUGCGUGAUCCGCCAGCGAACCGCCGUCACGAGUUGAUACCAGCCUUUCGGAGAAGACGAUCGUUGACGGACAGAGAGACAGGAAGAGAGAAAGGGAAAGAGGAUAAAAGAGAGCCGAGGAAAGAGACAGAUACGCGAAAGUGGUGAAAGUUGAGGAAGAAGAGGAGAGCAAGGAUAAUAUACUAGUCUACGGGACGAAAGCAGGGAAGCCCUAACGACGGAGACGAUGGAGUGACGGAGCACAAGCCGGACGUCCGACUACCGUUCGCGAAUACUGCCUUGAAGGGAGAAGAAGGAGCAGGAGUAAAGCCACGGGCGGAAGAAGAAAAGGAAGAGAAGGAGGUAGGAGGAGGUGGUAAAGUGGAGGUGGUGGCGGUGGAGAAGGGAAGAAGAAGCAGGAGGAAGUGAAGCAAGUGUAGCCGCAUCGUCGACGCCGAGGAGCCACGUCCUCAGGAGGAAAUCAACCUGGCCUGACGACUGUGUCCGUCGUCUAAACGGCCCCGUCGCUACUGCAGCGGCUGUGUGUCACUACUGUUCCACUGCCCCACACACCGCGGCCUCAUGAUUGGUUCAUUCUGGAACCUCUGUCGUGCGUGCCCUUCAAUGCCAAUUGACAAGCAGCUCCAUUCAGAGUAUAGGAGCACGUACACAUGGCACGAGUACACUGGACCGCACCAGGAGCAUACGGUUGUCCGUCGAGCGCCACAGCCUCCGCCGACGUCAACGAAGCAACCGAGCGCGAAGCUACAAUCGGCCAAGUCAACCGAGGAUGAGAACAACGAAGGACCUACCCUGGAACCGCCAUUGCCAAGGCGAAAGAAAUGCCCGGAACUCGCGUACAAGACGCACGAAUUCAUCACGGCAGCAGAUGGAGGUGGCAUCGACGCUGUCGAUUCGAACGUUGUAGCUGACAAAGUUCGGGAAGUUACAACGCAGUCGGGUCUGCCACCGAGUCAACUGAGCAAAGCGAUCUCAAGAAUCAGCACGGAGUAUCGUUUGCAGUUUGCCUGGCCUAGAAGACCCCAGCUGACGAAUGGCGAGACGGUGGCACCAGGAGUGACAGCUGCAGGAGUUCCAGCAGGUACGACAGGACCACCUAGAAAGUCUCUCAGCAUGGGAGCUCUUAAGCAGGGUAUCGCCCCUACAGGACCCGCUCCGGUUCACAAGAAACGACCCGGUGAUGUCGAUCAUAAGCGUGACGGGAUGCAAGCAUCGGAGCUGGAGCCCCUGGUUGGAGGAACUGGAACGGACGCCAUCGACGGAGUAGUGCCCGAGGGUGACGAGCGCGAGGAAGAAAUGCCGGAUUUGAAGAUAGCUUUCAGGUCAGUGACGAAGGAAGAGAAAGAGAAGGAGAACACGAGGAAGGUCGCUCCGGUUCCUGCCACGAUGACCAUGCCUCCUGCAGGUCGACCGUCUUCGGUACAAGCUAGACCCGUUCAUGGAAUCUUGCAGGACGAUUCCAAAGCGGACACCGAAAGAGCUAUUGCUCGCGCAAGAAAAGAUUUCUUGAUCCGCCAUCAUCUGGAUCGCACUACCGGCGUGGGUGACGGUGCACUGCUUCCCUCUCCGACGAGAGAGAAACUGGAGCCCGUGAUACCACGCCGUCGAGAGGAAACUAAGGAGCAUCGCGAAGAGAUUCAGCCUAAAACGAAAUCGAGUCCUAAAAACAGCCCAAGAACCGGUCGUUCUCAGAGCCUUGGUCCUAGCGUGACUGAACGCCGAUCGCCUAAACGUCAACCACCGCGUGCACCGUCAGUCACUAAAGACGUUAAGGAAAAAGAGAAGGAGCCGAAGGAAAAGGAGAAGGAAAAAGAUCAAAGGGAGAAGGGCGGUGAGCCUGAAAGACAUCCACGACCGAUCACGGGCCCUGGCCGCGUGCGUUGGAGCAUACGGGAACCGUCGACGGUUUCCUCGACGGGUUGUUCGUCGACCAGCGUGCCGCCAUUACCGCCACCACCCUCAGGCCCAGGGCCUACUCCGUUCUACAGGAGGUCCCCGCAGGUCCAUCGGAAAUCCUUCCUCGCAACCACCGCUCCCCCCCAUCGCCCUCUUUAUCACGCCAAACCCUCAACUACUACCACAAGUACUACCACAAUUACCACUACUAUCACAGCAACCACCACUACAUCCACCACUACCACUACAAACACUACAAGUACAAGUGUAAAACCCCCGGUAAAGCAUUCGGUUCAUACGAGUGUCCAUCACCCACCUACGUCGAGCGCUGCUGCUGCGGCCAGGCCGGACCGUGUUAAAGAUAUAAGCCGGUCCCACCAAGGUCCAAACGAGGCUCAGGCAAAAACGGGCCGCGACCAGACAGCUGCGGCUGCGGCCGCAGCCGCCGUCGCUGAUCCAUCUAAAUCAUCCUCCGAUAGUCGAUACGCGUCAAACCAAGCCGCUACUGCCGUCCAACCUAUGACGGCAGAGCCGCAAAUAAACGGGGACGUGACCGGAGGAGAUUCGAGCGUCGCGUCGACGCCACCAUCGCAGACGCAGUCACAGCCACCGGUUUCAGCCACUGCCGCAAGCCCGUGGAUCGACGACGAGCCGGUGGUGAAAAGUCCGCCGGAGCCGACCAGGGUAAAGUCUCCGGAGCAGAUGAUCAUGCGCUCCCCAGAACCGGUGAACUGGACGGUGCCGCUGGAUACCGGAAAAACAUUCACUGUCACACAAAACGUCAGAGAAGAACCCCUGACACGUCCGCAUAGCGAAGCAAAGAGCUGGGCACCUUCGUCGGUUCCAUCAGCGCCGCAAUCCGCACCACCUGAAUUGGCGGCUCAACACAAGUCGCAGCAUUCCGGAUACAAAUCUCCUGAGAGCGAAAGCGUUUCUAUUGGUAGCUUUUGCGGUGUGAAUGGACACAAGGACAUGGACUCCGAAAGGGAUAGUCCGUUACCCUUGAACGUUCAGUCUGGUGGCAUUUCUACACAGGGCGAAAACGAAACAGGCGAAAAAGAACAAUCUAAAGAACAAAGAUCGGAAGCACCAAUAAAACCCGUAGCAGGGACUAGUUUAAGAUGCCUAGAAGAUCCAGGUUUCGAAUAUGACAGAAAGAAAGAGGGUGGGCAACCGACAUCAAUGACAACUAUGACAGCACCGUCAUCGUCAACGACUCCUCAACAGGGUUAUCGUAUUCUAGAAGCCGAAUCGCCUCAGGGUAGUACUACUGACGGUGGUGGUGGCGGUGGAGGUGGUGGUGGCGGUAGCAUCGGUGGAAUAAGUAGUAGUGGGGGCGGUUAUCACGUUCUGGAGGCGCCAACGGUAGUUCCAGGCUCUGCACAACGUUUUGCAGCGAACGAAGUGUUGGAGAAAGCGCGAAAUCGCUUCGAUAAAUUCUGGGGAAAGGGCAGCGGUUCGGAGAAUUAGAGCACUUACAGGAAGAAAGAAGCAAGUAGUAACAACGUCCUCGGAGGCGGAGGAGCAACCGAAAGAAGUAAAAAAAAUACAGUAAAAGCGAAAAGGAGAAUAAGAGAUGAAACAAUUCGACGAGGUUCCUGUAAAAGCUCCUUUCGUGGUUCGUCUGCUCGUUCCUGUUGUUUUUCAUCAGGAACGAGAUCUCGUAUGUUCCUUUCCGUCUUACUCACCACGUGUUGAGCGUUCUUCGUGUUCGUUCGGAAACACUUCG